AUGGGCCUCCCAGCAAACGAGGAUGAAACUCCAAAAUCCGGAGUACAACACAUCGAGCAGAACGAUGCCGUUACUGAUGCCAUAAAGGCUGUUGAUCAUCGUGAUCUAGAGCGUAUCGAAGAGACACAGCCUGGUGCCUUUGUGUGGCUCUGUGCUGCUGCAACUGCCAUCGGUGGCAUGUUGUUUGGAUACGACACUGGUGUAAUCUCUGGAGUUCUAGUCGUCCUCGGCACAGACCUUGGCGGCAAAGAGCUUACCCAUUCAGAGAAAGAGCUGGUCACGGCCCUUACUGCAGCUGGAGCCUUCAUCGGUGCCAUUAUUGCUGGUAUUACCGCCGACAAGUAUGGUCGUAAGCCUGCUAUCUGGUUUGCAUCAGUGCUUUUCACCAUAGGCGCCCUCAUCCAGGCGACAUCUUACACAGUUGCUCAGAUGUCAGUUGGAAGAUUGGUCAUUGGUCUUGGCGUUGGAUCUGCUUCCAUGAUUGUCCCACUCUACAUCGCCGAAAUCUCGCCUGCAAGAUUCCGAGGUCGUAUGAUUUCUGUCGACAUGAUUUUCCUCGGAAGUGGAUCAGUCCUUGCGUACGCAUUCGACGCUGCCUUUUACACGACACCGCAUGGAUGGAGGUACAUGGUAGGAAUCGGUGGUAUCCCUUCCAUCAUACUCGGUGUUCUUCUGUUUUGGUGCCCUGAGUCACCUCGACAACUGAUGUUCCAUGGUCGGCGUGAUGAAUGCAUUCAGGUGUUGCGGCGAAUCUAUCCAAACGGAACGGAGGACGAACUUGUCGACAAAGUCACUUCCAUUGAGCGCGGAGUCAAUCAAGCCAAAGCCCUAAACGAGGAAAUCUCACUCCGCAAAUCCGUCACAAGUCUAUGGACCGUCCCAGCAAACUUGCGAGCAGUUAUAUGUGCGUGCGGUCUCAUGGCCUUUCAACAGCUGUGCGGGUUCAACACUCUUAUGUAUUAUUCGAGCACUUUAUUCGACAUCGUCGGCUUUUCGAAUCCUAUUGCUGUAGGAACCGUUGUGGCAGGAACGAACUUCAUUUUUACCGUACUCUCUAUCUUCCUCAUUGACAGAAUCGGCCGUCGAAGAAUCUUGAUAUGGACAAUGUGGGGCAUGCCGGUUUGCCUCGCAGUUGCAGCUAUUGCGUUCCAUUGGAUCCCGUUAGACCGAGACACUCUCAAACUUACCACUCAAGAGGUUGGCUGGCCUGCUAUUCUAGUCUUGGUCGCCAUGAUCAUGUUCGUGGCAUUCUAUGCAGCUGGUCUUGGUUGCGUGCCCUGGCAAGCCAACGAGUUUCUCCCGAUGGAAGUUCGAGCUAUGGGCACGAUGAUGAUCAACAUCUUCAAUUGGGGUCCUAACAUCGUCGUCUCGUCGACAUUUCUGUCAAUGAUGCGCGGAAUGACACCAUCAGGCACAUUUGGCUUCUAUGCGGGGUUAUCAUUCCUUGGCUGGGUCUUUGUGAUCUUCUGUUUCCCUGAAGCAGCGAACAUGACGUUGGAGGAGAUUCGUGUCGUCUUCGAACAUGGAUUUGGAGUAAGAUACGCGGAAGAGUGGAGGAAACAAAGGAAGUUGGACAUUCAGGCUCGUAAAGAAGCUUCGGUGUGA